AUGGCGGUGGCGGUGAUGCCCACCCUCGGACGCUGGGUCCUUAUCUCCGGCACCGGUUUAGCUGGCACCCUCAUCCUCAAAGACGGCCGCGGCGCCCGCUUCGUCGACCUCCUCAAGGAGUUCCAGGAGUUCAUGGAAGUGAAAGGAGCAGAAGGCAGCACCGUUGCCGCCGACAAGCUCGCGCUGGCGCGGGUGGAGAUGGAUAUGCUGGUUAGGGAGAUUCGGCAACUGAGAAUCCCUCCUUCUAUUAUUCGUUAUGAAUCUGGCAACAAAGUUUUGUCAGCUUUGAUUGUACCUGCUGCAGCUGCUGGGGUGGCUGGCUAUGCUUACAUGUGGUGGAGAGGUAUCACCUUCUCUAGCUUAAUGUACGUCACUAAGCAAAACAUGGCUAACGCUGUUUCAAGCAUGACAAAGCAUCUGGAACAAGUCCAGACCUCUCUUGCUGCUGCUAAAAGGCACCUAACACAGCGCAUCCAAAGGGUAGAUGAUAAAUUGGAUCAGCAAAAGGAGAUUUCUGGACAAAUAAGAGAUGAGGUUACAGGCGCGCGAGAGAAACUCGAGGAAAUUGGUGAAGAAUUUCAAACUCUCAAGAAGUUGGCUUUGCAUAUGGACUUGAAGUUGGAUUCUAUUCAAGACAAACAGAAUUGGCAAAAUGAUGGAGUGGACUAUCUCCUCAAAUUCAUCGAAUCAAAUGGAAAAAGGACGCCAGAUCACCUGCAAGGCUUGAAGCGACUACAGGAAGGCUUGAAGGGACCGGUGGUUACAAGAUCUUUCAAGCAACCGGAGCUCCCGGGGCUGGAGUUUGGUCUGCGGCUGUUGGCGCUGGACGAAUCUGGGAAAGGAGCAGGAUUGGCGCUGCCACCGCCGGUCAAGGCAGUGUUCUGA